AUGCGGGCCGCCCUCCUCGCCCUCGCCGGGCUGCGCCGCUUCGCGGCCCCCACGCAGUGCCGCUACCGCUACGGCAGCGAGGAGUUCGUCUCCGCGGAGACGCUCGAGAACUACAUCCUGGGCGACGCGGGCAACGAGCGCGGCGACCGCACGGACCUCUACGACGCGUCCGUGCGGCCCUCGUCCGCGGCCGCGGACGACCUGUACGCGGCGCCGACGGCCGUGUCCUUCGACUUCGAGCUCCUCGAGUUCCGCAUGAACGAGGAGGACAACUCGUGGAGCAUCGCGGGCGACGCGACGACGCGCUGGCUCGACCCGCGCCUGGCCUUCAACACGAGCGACGCGUGCACCGCGAUCUGGCGCGUGUCGCCGAGCCACUGGUUCAAGGUCUGGCAGCCGAACCUCUACAUCAAGAACCAGCUCGAGACGCCGACCGUCGCGACGACGGCGACGGCGACCAUGUUCAUCUCCGAGAUGGGGGGCGUCACGUGGCGCUACCACCUCGUCAUCCGCAUGCGGUGCCUCAUGCGCUUCAGCCGGAUGCCCUUCGACACGCAGCAGUGCGCGAUCAUGGUCCAGUCGCUGAACUACGACGCCCGCCAGGUCGCGCUGGCCCGGACGUCGACGCUGAGCUUCGAGCAGCUCGACAACGACCGCCCCCUGACGAACGCGCAGUGGUCCGUCGAGUCGACGUUCUGCAUGUCCCGCGCCGUCAACAUCGUCUCGGGCGGCGUGCCCUUCGCGUUCUCGCAGCUCGCGCACGUCGUCGACAUCCGGCGGCGCCACAUGUACCACGUCAACGAGAUCUUCAUCCCCGCCUUCUUCUUCUUCCUCGUGACCUACUGCGGCUUCUGGAUCGAGCGCACGAGCGCGCCCGCGCGCGUGUCCAUCGCCGUGCUCCCCGUGCUCAUCACGCACUCGUUCAUCAACCACGUCUACGACUCGCUGCAGCAGCUGCCCUACUACACGGUGCUGACCAUGUACCUGACGGCGCUGCAGUACUUCGGGAUCCUCGCCGUCGUCGAGUACGCGGCGGUGCAGCACUUCCUCGCGCGGGAGCGCGCGGCGGCGAAGCGCCACUCGCAGCUCGCGAAGCUCCUCUCGAACAUCGAGGCCGUCUUCGAGGACCUCGGCAGCCCCGCCGGCGGCGACGACGGCGGCGCCCGCGACGGCGACCUCGGCGCGCUCAACGCCGCCCUCGAGGAGCCGCCGAAGCCCGCGCUCGCGCGGAGGAAGUCGAGCCGCGGCGCGGAGUGCAGCCUCGUGCGCCUCAUGUCCGCCAAGGGGUCGAACCCCGUCGCGGAGCGCGCCGUCGCCGCGGUCCGCGCGUGCUACGCGUCCGCGGACCUCGACGGCGACGGCCGCGUGUCCGUGCGCGAGUUCACGUUCGCCCUGCAGAACUACGGCAUCUACGAGGUGCCUGCGCACGCGCGCCUCGCGCUGUCCAACUACCGCCACGCCGAGGGCGCCGACGACGGCGACGGCCACCUGACCGAGCAGGAGUUCGCGGGCUUCCUCCUGCGCUACGAGGACUUCCGCAUCGCCGACAUCUUCCCCAACGAGCUCGACUGGAGCCCGGCCCACUUCCUCUACCACCCGCGGUCGCUCCAGCUCGACAUCUUCUUCCGCUGGACCUUCAUCCCCGCGGCCGUCGCCGUGACGACCAUCGUCUGCUUCUACGUCCACGGCGACAACGCGCUCUUCUCGGCGUAA